AUGAAGUCUCGUUGGUGUGCCCUCUUGAUAUUAUAUAUGUUGCUGAAUAGGCACUCAGUGAAGUGCACCCCGGGUGAGAUUAGUGAAUCGAGUAGUGGACUGGGUAGUGGACCGGAUGGUGUACAGAGUAGUGGGCCGACAAGUGGAGUAUCAGAUGAUUCAAGUAAAUCGCCACAGCAGAAUGCUGAACAGACCAUUCCAGGAAAUGGCUCUUCCACUGGCACCACUGUUAGCUCCCCAUCUGGGCAACCAAGUGGGGGAGGAGGCACAGAUCUCCAAGCAGGAUCAGGUAGCGCAGGUGAAACACAUAAUGCAACACAGGUACCUGGAACACAGAUACCUGCAAUACCAGAGAAUGCGCAAGAUCAGUCUAUUGAAGAAACUAUAACAUCAAAUGGAGGUCAAAAUGGAGAUAAUGUAGUUUCCACUGUUCAAAAUCCUGAACAAGCGAAUCCCCAAGCAGAUUCCGCUACCCAAGUAGCUGCCCCUCCCCCCGCGAUCACCACAAAUCCCAUUGAGGUAAAAUCGUCCUUGUUGAAGGACCAGAAGGGGCUCAAAAUAACAGGUCCAUGCAAGUCCUUCUUUCAAGUAUACCUCGUACCCUAUCUCUACAUGAACGUUAACGCAGAAAGAAGCGAAAUUGAGAUGGAGCCAUUAUUCAUGAAGGUGGACAAUAGGAUCAAAUUUGAGAAGGAGAAACAUCUCCUACAGAACAUCUGUGCUGAAAAUAAAUCUUUUAAGCUUGUCUUGUACAUUUACGAGGGAGAGCUAACCAUUAAGUGGAAGGUCUAUCCUCCCAAGGGGGAAUCAACUAACGAUAAAACGGUGGAUAUUAGAAAGUACAAAAUGAAGGACAUCGGCCAGCCUAUCACUUCCAUGCAAGUGAUGGUGAUGACUGAAAAGCAUAAGACCAUUUACGUGGAGAGCAAAAAUUUCUCCGUCAUGAAUGAUAUCCCAGAGAAAUGUGACGCGAUUGCCAACGAGUGCUUCAUGAGCGGUGUAUUAGAUAUCCAGAAGUGCUACCACUGCACGCUGCUGCUUCAGAAGAAGGACAGCGCUCAGGAAUGCUUCAAUUUUGUGUCCCCCGAGAUUAGAAGCAGAUUUGAUGAUAUACAAGCGAAGGGAGAAGACGAGGAGAACCCCAACGAAGUGGAACUGGAAGGAGCAAUUGAUAAAAUAUUCAUCAAAAUUUACAAAAAGGGAGAGAAUCACUACAAAGAGGUGGAUCAGCUAGCCAUCAUGGAUUCUUCUUUUAAGUCUGAGUUGUUGAAGUACUGCUCAUUAAUGAAGGAAACAGACUCAAGCGGUGCGCUGGACAAUCACGAGCUGGGCAACGCUGAGGAGGUAUUCGCACACAUAACGACCAUGCUGCAGAGCAACAGCGAUCUUAAUGUGUAUUCACUAAAGAACAAGCUUAAAAAUCCAGCCAUAUGUUUGAAGAAAGUUGGUCACUGGAUUGGAAGCAAAACGGGAUUGGUACUUCCCAUCCUGGAGCAUAGCAGCGUGCAUGAUAGCGCGAACACCUAUGUUGAAACCGAAGGCAGCACUUCCAAUUCGGCCACCACCCAGAGUGCAGAUGUGCAUCUCUUACACGUAUCAGAUAAGCUGUUUUGCAAUGCGGACUAUUGCGAUUGGACGAAGGACACCAGCAGCUGCAUCGCAAAGAUUGAGGCUCAGGACCAAGGAGACUGCGCCACGUCUUGGCUGUUCGCCUCGAAGGUGCACCUGGAAACGAUAAAGUGUGUGAAGGGCUACGAACACGUCCCAAGUUCUGCUCUCUACGUGGCUAACUGUUCCAGUAAAGAAGCGAAGGACAAGUGUCAAGCUGCGUCUAACCCGCUAGAAUUUUUGAACAUCCUGGAGGAGACCAAAUUUUUGCCAGCCGAGUCGGACCUUCCAUACUCUUACAAAGCGGUGAAUAACGUCUGCCCGGAGCCGAAGAGUCACUGGCAAAACUUAUGGGAAAAUGUGAAGCUCCUAGACAAGCAGUAUCAACCCAACUCGGUAAGCACCAAGGGGUACACCGCCUACCAGAGUGACCACUUCAAAGGCAACAUGGACGCGUUUAACAAGUUGGUAAAAUCAGAAGUGAUGAACAAAGGAUCCGCAAUCGCUUAUGUGAAGGCACAAGGAGUGAUGUCGUACGACCUGAAUGGGAAGAAGGUGCUCUCUUUGUGUGGAGGUGAAACGCCCGACCUCGCUGUCAACAUAGUAGGCUAUGGUAACUACAUAAACGGGGAAGGAGUGAAAAAGUCUUACUGGUUGCUACAAAACAGUUGGGGCAAGCACUGGGGAGAUAAAGGCAAGUUUAAGGUGGACAUGCAUGGACCAGCCCAUUGCCAACAGAACUUCAUCCACACCGCUGCUGUCUUCAACGUGGACAUCCCCGUGAUCGUCCCCGCACCGAAUAGCGACCCAGAAAUAAAUAACUACUACUUGAAGAAAUCACCAGAUUUUUUCAGUAACUUUUAUUUUAAUAAACUCGAGGCGGAAAGUGACGGCAAUUCUGGCGGUGCAAAAAAUGCUAGCAACAAUUUGACCGUUCAGGGGCAAGAAGAGCCACCUGUAGUACCUACGGAAGCACAAGCAUCACAUAGUGGAGGUAGUGGAUCAGGCCAAUCAGCAGGAGGAAGUGCGAAUGGACAAGUACAACCAGGGCCUGGGACACCAGUACCAGAAGGAAGUGCAGUUGGUUCAAGCCCACUACAAACAGUUCCCAGCACUUCCUUACCCACUAAUCCAGAUGCAUCUGCAGCACCCGUGCAACAAAAUGGAGGAGCGGAUCAACAAGUAUCACCUACAUUACCAGGAACUCCCAAUUCACUCGCGACUACGGGAACUACAGGGCAAGCGCCUGAGCAACCGACUGUGCAACCGACUCCGCAAACAGUGCAGGUACCAUCAGCACAACCCGCCAGGGCGCCCCUCUCAACGUUGACGGGUAGCACUGGAGUUAUCGUGACUGAAGUAAAGGAAGCUCUCCAUUUCUUGAAGAACGUAAAGAAUGGAAAAGUAAAAAGUAAUUUCGUGUCAUACGAUAAUGCAGAUGCCUUGGGUGAUGAAAAAGUUUGCUCCAGAGCUUUCUCCACAGAUGUCGAUAAACAAGCGGAGUGCAUCGAAUUUUGUGAAAAGAAUUGGGAUGCAUGCAAAGACAAGGUGUCUCCUGGCUACUGCUUAACGAAGAAGAGAGGAAGCAACGACUGCUUCUUCUGCUUCGUGUAG